CGGACACAGUAUAUAUUCGGAUGUUUUUUUUGGCUUCUUCUCAAGUUUCCUUAUCCACAUUCUACUCAUUGAUUUCUUGUUGACAUGCACUACUUUGCAAACAGCGUUGAAUCCAAAGCCUACCGGCUCAGCAAAGCAGGGCGCUACAUGGCCUGUUUCUAAUACGAGGUUGUCAUAUUUUCUACGCCAAUACUGACAGGUCCGCUAACUUUCAUGCCUGCAAGAGAACUCGAGGAGGCGUUCUACCGGACCCUGGUGCAUUUCCCGCACAUGGCUGGGUAUCUCAAGCAGACCGGCUACGAUACCAUGGACAUUAUCGUGGACAAGACCAAGCUCAACUUGCCUGACUACCGUGAGUCGCAGUCCGAUAUCCACUAUCAAGACAUUGAAUCCGCCAACUUUGACCCUGCGACGUGGCCCAGCGACUUGUCACCUGUUGGCAAUAUUGCGCUGAUCAGACUUGCCAAUUUCCAUGUCGUUCCGAUUGAAGGAGAACAGCGGUAUUAUUAUUUCAUCCAAACAUCAACCGUAGCAUUGCUGACGCGUACAGUACCUGCUGAGGUUCUCAACCGCUGGGCUGAAGAAACACGGGCGCUGCUCACUGGUGUGCCGGCGAAGCUGCCCAACUAUUGCCUUGACGACCGGAUUACCCUCAAAUACUUGCCAAACGAGCGAGCUGAGAUUGGUGAUGACUCGCGCGGGAAAGUGAUGGGCUACGUAUCCAGCAAGCAGCCGCUACGCACCCAUCUGUUUCGGCUUCGCCUCGAGCUGCUGGAACAUGUGCCACCUGGAACACGCUUAUCCGACCAUGAUAUCCUCUGCGCGAUUGGAUACAAGCUGAAUGGGCAAGCGAGCUACGAUGCAGCAAACAAAAACCAAAGCAAUCACUAUAUUUUACUCCCAUUCAGCCUUCGCCAUCGCCUUGGAAUGGAGCAUCUGAAUUGCAUAGGCAACCCGCUGCUGGGUAUGGUGGAAGUGCUCCCAGUCGGUCAUGCACAGUCUCUGAUUACCAACCAAUCACUUGCGGAGGUGGCAAGUCGCAUCCGAAAAACCACAGACAGCGUCACACCAGCAGCAGUUGGGACAGCAAUGGACAUCAUGGAAGCCGAUACAUGCGAUAUUGGCACCUUCUUGAGUGGUAUGACAUUCGAUGUCCAAAGCAUUACCUCGGACUUGACUCGGAUCAAGCUAUAUGAUGCUGACUUUGGUAGCGGCGUGCAGGCGUUUUCAACAUUGUUUUCAUGCCUGCCAUCACCACCAUCAAGUACUGAUUGCAUCGUGUUUUUUACAAACUCGCCAGAUGCAAUGGAUAGCAUCUUGAACAACAGAUUUUGGAAAGAUUUUGCCACUGUGAUUUUUUAAUUACUAAUUUUCAAUAUAUUUUGACCAACAACAGGUCAUAUUCUAUGUUA